GCCUGUGCUGCAGCAGCCGGCCACCGGAGGGGGCGAACAAACAUCAACCUGUUGUUUGUCCCGUCACCAUUUAUCAACUCUCAGCACCACAAGGAAGUGCGGCACCCACACGCGCUCCGAAAGUUCAGCAUGCAGGAAGUUUGGGGAGAGCUCGGCGACUAGCACAGCGGCCGGGCCAGCGCUGAGCGAGCCGGCGGGCCAGAGCGCAGGGCGGCGCGGCGUCGGUCCCGGGAGCGGAACCCGGCUUUUUCUUGGAGCGACGCUGUCCCUAGGUCGCGAAUCCCAAAUGCACCGGCUCGUCUUCGUCUACACGCUAGUCUGCGCAAACUUUUGCAGCUAUCGGGGCACUUCUGCAACUCCGCAGAGCGCAUCCAUCAAAGCUUUGCGCCACGCCAACCUCAGGCGAGAUGAGAGCAAUCACCUCACAGACUUGUACCGGAGAGAUGAGACCAUCCAGGUGACAGGAAACGGCCAUGUGCAGAGUCCUCGCUUCCCGAAUAGCUACCCCAGGAACCUACUGCUGACGUGGCGGCUCCAUUCCCAGGAGAAAACCAGGAUCCAGCUAGCGUUUGACAAUCAGUUUGGCUUAGAGGAAGCAGAAAAUGAUAUCUGUAGGUAUGAUUUUGUGGAAGUUGAAGAUAUAUCUGAAACCAGUACUGUUAUUAGAGGACGGUGGUGUGGACACAAGGAAGUUCCUCCAAGGAUAACAUCAAGAACAAACCAAAUUAAAAUAACAUUCAAGUCGGAUGACUACUUUGUAGCUAAACCUGGAUUCAAGAUUUAUUAUUCUUUUGUGGAAGAUUUCCAACCCGCAGCAGCCUCAGAGACCAACUGGGAAUCAGUCACAAGUUCUAUCUCAGGGGUAUCCUAUCACUCUCCAUCAGUAACGGAUCCCACUCUCACUGCGGAUGCUCUGGACAAAACAAUUGCAGAAUUUGAUACCGUGGAAGAUCUACUCAAGCACUUCAAUCCAGAUUCAUGGCAAGAAGAUCUUGAGAAUUUGUAUUUGGACACCCCUCAUUAUCGAGGAAGAUCCUAUCAUGACCGGAAGUCCAAAGUUGACCUGGACAGGCUCAAUGAUGAUGUCAAGCGCUACAGCUGCACGCCCAGGAAUUACUCGGUGAAUUUAAGAGCAGAGCUCAAGCUGACCAAUGUGGUCUUCUUUCCACGUUGCCUCCUCGUCCAGCGCUGUGGAGGAAACUGUGGCUGUGGAACUGUCAACUGGAAGUCCUGCACGUGCAAUUCAGGGAAAACUGUGAAAAAGUAUCAUGAGGUAUUAAAGUUUGAGCCUGGCAAUUUCAAGAGGAGAGGCAAAGCCAAGAACAUGGCUCUCGUGGACAUCCAGUUGGAUCACCAUGAGCGGUGUGAUUGUAUCUGCAGCUCAAGACCACCUCGAUAAAAGAAUGUGCACAUAUUUACAUUCAGCAUGAACGCACCUACAGGUGCUUAGGUGAAGGGUAGGGUAUGAGACCGUUUUCUCACCAGCAACUGGUUACUACUAGCCUGAAAUGCAAUGAACACAAGAGGUUGCUGAGUUUCAAGCUAGCUUUGUUAGUCCCACAGCAAGUAGAAAGGUAUAUCAUCAACUUCUACAUGUAAGAAUAUAGGACUGCAUUUAAUAAUAGUGUCUGAGGAAAUACACACACACAGAUUUAUAUAUAUACAUAUAUACAUAUAUGUAUAUAUAUAUCAUCUCUUCAUGUCUUUGUGUAAAUAGAUCAAAUGGUUUAUUCAGUAUAUAUAGCCAGGUACAUCAGAACUUACAUAUGGUUGAGUUAUUUAGACCCUUUAAAAUCUCUUGACACAUUAAAGGACUAGUUAGACAUAUGAAACACACAAAAUAUACAUUAAAUGUUUCAAACAUGAAGCAGAUUAAAUAUAUGAAAAUUUGGAAGGUGAAUUCAUUUUCAAAUUUUGAAUCAUGAAACACUUUUAGAUCUUGUUCUCUUAAAGAAAAACUUGUAUAUUACAAACUAAAAGAUGAGCUUUUCUUAUGUAUACAUCUUAGUUGAUUAUAAAAAGGAAAAAUGUGGUUUCUAGAGAAAAAGCAAUUAUGAACCCUGUUUUUCUACAAGAUAUACUAACACUUACCUAUGUAGAUAAUUAUCUGUCUCUAAAACCAUGCCAUAAUAGUAGAGGUGCUUUAGAAAUUAAGUCAUUAAGCCUUCUUUUUUAUGCAUUUUGCUGAGGCAUGCUAAUUCAUUUAACACUUGUCUCAAAAAAAUUACUGAGAAGGUUUAUUUUGAUAAUUCUAUGAAAGACAGUAUAUAAACUGUAGCAGAAUUUUGAAUUUUUUUCCCCAAAGCCUGUCUACAAAGCAAAUUCUUUCAAGAAUGGUGUGCAGAAUCUGUAUGAACCUUUCAAAAUGGUGUCCACUGGAAGGUUUAGGAAGUUGCAAGUAGAAAAAAGUAUACAUUGGAAAUUGCCAUAACUGGAAAUGAGAAUAUUAGUAGCAGAAAUUAGAAUAUUUGAUAAGAUCCAUGUUUAAUAAUGAAUUCAAACUCUCCAGACUAUGCCAGUUAAUUUUAUGUACCUUGCUUUUGUGUUCCUAUCUUUUUGAUGCUCUUUGACAUGUAGACAUGGAUUUACAAUGACAUUUUAUAUUUAAUCCAUCAUGGAUUAUUUAUAGGCAAAAAGCUUUUGUGCAGUAAUAAAACCACCAAAUUUUAUUGAUGUAAAUCCCUAAACACGUACUCACCAUCUUGAAUUCCUGUUUCUGAACCAAAUGAAAUAAGAUCUGGGGCUUCUGGUGUGUUCUCAAUCUAUGGAGCUCGUUCUGAGAAGCCAACUGUAAAUUGUAGGAGCACACAUUUGUCCCUGCUCUCCUCCAGAAAACUAUUUUGCAUCUGUUAUUGGUAUUUAGAGUAAUUUUUCCUCCCUGGCUCCUUCAUGUCUAUUUUAACAGAAACUGAUUCCAGGAGUAGGAAGUGACUCAUUAUUCUCCAAAGCAAGACUCUUAAGACAGCAACACUGAAACCCAGAUAACUCAGAAACUACUCUUGAAGAGCUACAUUUUUCUUCCUGCUUUGAAAGUAGAAAGGAGAUCCAAUUUCUUCCAUGAGUCCAGGGCCUUACUGACUACAAGUUUGCUGAGAGUUACGUGAUUGCCUGGGUAAGUCCCAGUGUCAGAUGAGUGGCCUAAUGAACUUGGAUUUGUAAGAUCGGUAGUCCUAGGUCCAAAUUCUCCACUCUCUGUAAGUAGCUCAGGUCUUCUCAGAUCUUUGAGAUGAAAGGCCUGCCUAUGUAUAUUGAAGAUGUACUUUCUGAAACAUCCUUGAAAGUGUCCAGUGUUUUACUCAGGGAGUGAGUAGUAAAAUUAAAUACUCUAUUGUUUGGUUCUCUAAAAUCAAGAGCACAGUCAGAAAUAGCCCAUGUAGACAGUAAUACUCAGGAACCUUUCUUCCCUUUCAUGGCCACUUGCACAUUUCCUUCAAAAACAUUGACUUCCUGGACCCAAGUCAAACUGUGGGGAACAUCUCUCGGGCUUGCACAGCUCACAUGGUGGCUGUAAAUAUGAAAAAUUAGAGUGCUCUACCCAAUUUUCAAUAAACCUUCCAGGCUACAAUAAGCAGGAUGGUUUUCAGUUAAAGCCUUAUCUGUACUUUUUAUUUAUUAGGUGAAAUAUAAGCAGGCAUAUUCACUCACUUUUCUUUUUCUUUCCUGAGUGUUUUAGUAAAACUUCUCCCUUGGUUAUCUAUUAUCUAUUGCACUCCCAACAUGUAGCCAAUAAAUCUGUUUCAUUGCCAUCAAAGGAAUAAAAAGCUCACUGUACAAAUUACAUUUCAAAACAAACCCUAAUAAAUCCACAUUUCUGCAUGGCUCACUCACCUGGAAUAAUGCCUUUCAUUCAAUAUGUUCUUAUAGGGCAGAACACUUUCAUAAAUAGAGGGUUUUUUAAUUUUUUUUGUCAUAUCGGUAACAUGCAGCUUUUUCCUCUCAUAGCACUUCCUAUGGCAAAUGUAAUAUGCCUCUUAUCUUCAUGAAAAAUAAAUAUUGC